UGAUAUUCAGCCACAGUAUUCACAUAUAACUCCCGCCUCUCCCUCCAAUCCCCUCACUAUUCUCCUCCCAAAUGCCUACCUCCUCACCCAGAGUAAUAUAUUGGUUCCGCACAGACCUCCGCCUGCACGACUCCCCGGCCCUCAUCCACGCCCUCUCCCUCUCCCCCUCUAUCCUCUACCCAAUCUGGACCUGGGACCCUUACUACGUCUACCACUCGCGCAUCGGCUCCAAUCGCUGGAAAUUCCUGCUGGACUGCCAAAACAAUCUCUCCGCCUCCCUCACAGCCCUCAAUCCCAAAUCCAAACUCUUCGUAAUAAGAGAGGCACCGCAAACGCUGUUUCCGAAGUUGUUCAAGGCGUGGGGUAUUACGCAUCUUGUGUUCGAGAAGGACACGGAUGCGUAUGCAAGGGAGAGGGAUGGGAGGGUAAUUGAGUUGGCGAGGGAGGCGGGGGUGGAGGUUAUUGUAAAACCGGGGCGGACAUUGUAUGAUUCCGAUGAGCUUGUGAAGGAGAACAAGGGCAAGCCUACGAUGAGUAUCAAUCAAGUUCAGGCUGCUGGAGCGAAGAUUGGAGACAUCCCUAGACCUCUACUCGCGCCGAAGUCUCUCCCUGAUCCUGGGGAAACUGAUUUGGAUUUCAAACAAGAGAGGCCGAACCGUGAUCAUGAUGCCAAUUCUAAUCCAAGGAAGGAAAUCGAGAACACGUAUUCUGCGCUGGCGGGUCCAAACGGCGAUUUCGCUGUCCCAACAGUAGCAGAACUGGGAAUCCAAGAAGCGUCGACACCUCAUCGAGGAGGAGAGACAAUAGCGCUCAAAAUUUUAGACGAAAUUGUUGCAGACUCAGACUACACCGCAACAUUCGAGAAACCAAAGACAGCCCCAACGGCUUUCGAACCCCAAGCUACUACACUCCUAUCCCCGCAUUUGCAUUUUGGCAGCCUCAGCUGUCGCGAAUUCUACUGGCGUGUACAAGGCGUCGUUGACAAGUACAAAGGCAAAGCCUCGCAACCGCCCACAAGCCUCACAGGCCAGCUCCUAUUCCGUGACAUGUAUUUCGGCGCGCAAGCGUCGUUGAAUUAUUCCUUCAGGCAGACAUACAACAACUCGCAAUGCCGGUUUAUUCCGUGGCAUCUUCCUUCCGAAAUCGACUCCAAAUCUGGCCUCAUUACUGGGAAGUAUCACAUAGAUAACCAGGAAGCAUUGGAGUGGUUCACACGUUGGCGAGAAGGCCGGACUGGAUUCCCCUGGAUCGAUGCGCUGAUGCGGCAGUUGAAACAGGAGGGUUGGAUACACCAUCUAGGUCGACACGCUGUAGCCUGCUUUCUUACUCGUGGCGGAUGCUACGUGGAUUGGGAAAGAGGUGCAGAGGUCUUCGAAGAAUGGCUGAUUGAUCAUGAAGCUGCAUGUAAUAUUGGAAACUGGCAAUGGCUGUCGUGUACGGCUUUCUAUUCCCAAUUCUACCGCUGCUAUUCGCCAAUCGCAUUUCCACAGAAGUGGGAUAAGGAGGGUAAAUUCGUGAGACGUUAUUGUCCAGAGUUGGCGACGUUUGAUGCGAAGUAUAUUUACGAACCGUGGAAAGCGCCAAUCGCGGACCAAAAAUCCUGGGGUUGCUUGAUUAAGGGUGAUGGAGAGCAAAAUGAGGAAGGGAAAUUUAUGGUAUAUCCAAAUCCGAUGUUUGAUUUUCCAGAGAGGAGGGAUAUCUGUAUACGGGCGAUGAAGAACGCAUAUUCCGUUGGUUUGUAUGGCGACGAUCCAAGGGUAGUGGAUGGGAGCUGGAGAAAGUUAUUCAAUAAUGCGGCAGAAGACCUAACGGAAGGAAAUGAUGGGCCGCCAGAGGGAGAAUGGAGCUAG